AUGUCGACAUACAACAAGCUGCGAGCUUCCAGCAAAACAUGCCUCAGCAUUGCAUCAAGAUUGGGGGGUAGGGGUUCAGGAGGAGGGGGUUUGGUGAGGGGCUUCCCAGUCAAGUCAGACCGUUAUCAAAGUCAAUCGCUGAUCCGGGAUCAGGACAUUGGGCAUCAUCCGACUGACAUGCAGGCGACAAGAGACUUUGCGUCUGUCAAUUCAGUCCAGUCAUUUGACUUUACUAUAAGCCUUUGUGCCACUCGGAAGCGUUUCUGGCUGGCUUCUCUUGGGACAAUCUGAAUCCAAUCGACCCCCGCGACUCUCGGACAAAAAGAGACCAUAGAACCGUUUCAGAGUCCCCCUCAGAGUCUAAGAGCAAGAGCGAGGCUGCGUGGCUGCGCAAAUGUCAGCAGUCAGCGGCCGCCAUCCGCCAUCAAGCGCGAAGCCCAUAUUAUGUCAUGCGGCGCCAUGACAACGGACGGGUGUCCCUUGACUCCCUUCCAUCUCUAGUGGGUCGUUUCUCGACUUGCCAGCAUUUCCUUUGGCUCUCUCGCCUUCGUAGGCCUGUCUUUCUUAGUGCCGGUAAAUGCAGCUCUCGACUCGUGACUGGCCAACGGCGACCAAAUUCUUCUCUCUGCAACGUAACCCUUUUCUCUCUUCUCUCUAGGCGUUACAUUGGGCGAUAUUCUACUAGUUUAUUACGGCUCACGCACCCAGCGGACUCAACCGUGUGAGAGAUAAACAAUGGACCAUGCGAUCAACCGCCCGUUUCCUAGCGGCAGACAAGGAACAUCCCUCGGGCCAAGAUUAGGAUGGAUGACAUGGUACAGAAAAUGUUGGCUCAUGGGCGUUUGCUCUCAUUACUUGCAGUCUGUGUUGUGGCAGCUUAGGAGCCAUCUAUUAUUACUCCUUCACCGAAACGUGUCGUUGAUCUGCUCAUCUUAGCUUGGUUCAGUAUCUUUCAACCCUAGCACCAACGGCUACGGGGAACAAGGCACUUGUAAGUUACUGACCGAA